CCGACUCACCUGCGAUACGAAAUCGACUCGUCCGCAUUUCUUGAACAUUCGUUCGAAUAAAAAUAACAAACACGUAGUGCACUUAUGUCAGUGGGCAGCGUGGCGAGAGAGGCGGCGUCUAGGCGUAUAUGAUGCGAGUUAAAAAUAAAUGCAAACGUCUUUUUUGCAAAGGUUCGGAAUGUAACGUGAAUGCGGGCACCGAAAUGGAAGCGAUCCGGGAAGUAGGCGUAACGGAAUCGCGUUGGUAAAUGAAAAUCGCUCGAAUGGGCUCGCGAUUAUUAUCGUUAUAAUCGGAAAAAAGGGAUACAUUUAUGUGGCGAAAAUGAAGCUGAGCAAUCAGGAGAAGCGCGAAUUGGACAAAUUCACCAAAUUCCUGGCGUUGAAAUGCACGCAAAUCAUCGUACAGUCGAGGCUCGGCGAUAAAAUAUCGACGUUAUGUAGAGCUCAAACGACUGGAACCGAUUGGUUCAACCUGAACAUCAGCGAUCUACCGGAAGUGCUUGCGGAAACUAAACGAGUGCUAAACGGUGAAAUAAUCUCUUCGAACGUUCCCCUGUGCGUCGAAAUAUCCUUACGUACGACCGAAGGUGACCAUAUGGUGUUGGAAAACUGGUGCCUGGGAAUGUUACCCGAACAAUGCGAUCCUACCACUAGAAUCGUGCACACAAUCUACAACCGCAUGGGCACCCUGCUCAAGUCCCUGGUGUCGAUAACGCGAGCCGUGCCCGCGUACAAACUCUCCCGCCGACAGGGACCCGAUUCGUUCGUUAUUUGCUACCGGAUAUUCCUGGGGGAGCCGAUGGUGCGCUGCCUCGGCGAGGACUUUAACCAGGUGAAAAUCGGCCAGAUAUGCACGCCGAUCGGUACGCUGAAUCUAUCCGUGUCCUAUCGUACUAAAAUGACUAUAUCGCCCACGCAAACCGGACGCCAGAACUCUAUUAUGCUCAAAAGUGAUCACUUCAAUGCCAAAUUGAGCCCUAAAAGUAGAAAGCACAAGCAAAACGAGGAUAAAAUCCAAUCGUUGGGCAACACGAUGAAAACCGGCGCGUUCGCCGACAUGCAAAAGAAGAAAAUCGAAUCGUUGUUUAUCGUGCCGAACACCCCGUUCAGCGGGCUCUUCAAGGACCCCUCGAAGGGUCCGGACCGGCCGCAGGAGGACAACAUGGCCGACCGCGAAAACAACGAGAACGAAUCGCCGGAAAGGAACGGCAAUUCCGCCAUCGAUAACAAUCCCCCGACCAAACUAAAUUCGCUUACCAUGGUUUCGACCAACGACGAUUUCAUUAUGGUUGACUUGAAAACCCCGUUUGCCAGUACGAACGAGAAGAGCGAACUGGGAAAGUUCUAUAGGGAAUGGCAGGCGGCGCCGCCUUUGCAGACGUUCGUCGAAGAAUUGUCUCCUUUGGACGAACUCGACGUCACGAAGCAAUUGGAAACAUUUGAGUCUGAUUUAAACGAAUUCGAUACUGUUGUACAGUCGUUGUGCCGAUCGGCGAUCAACUAACGGAACGUUCGGUUUGUUUCAUUUUUCUUUUCACUUUUUAAAGAAAUAUUUAUACUUUAUAAUAAAGCUUAUUUAUCGCGUUAA